UCGCAUCUACCCAGAAAAAAAGUCAGAAAAAAACAAACUGGCCAUCUAACACAAGUGACUUGGAUAGAAAGGCAAUCACUAUCGCCUGAACAGCCUGAGCUCCUCCCUCAGGGGGCAGAUACAUGACAGUCGCGCCCAUAAGUUAACCGUCGAUGGAUCAAACCAAGGUCGGCACCUCGUCGAGUCUCGAUCGAUCGAUGCCUUCGUGGCCUGCCAUAACGCAUGUGUAUCUACCUGCAUGCGUUGCCUGCCCAACCCACUGAGACGACGACCCAACGAAAUUCAGAUAAAAUAUGGCGACCUGGAAUUCAAUUCCGCGCGAAAUACAGCAAAUGGUGCUAGAUGCACUGGUUGCACUCAAGAAAAAGGAGGCGCAAAAGCUGCUGCACACCAAGCCCCGGCUGUCGCGAUAUGUCACCGUCUGUCGCUUUUGGCAGGAGGUUCUCGAGCCCGUCAUGUUCAGGGACCUGCACAUUAAACCCAAGCACCUUGCUGAGUUCGACAAUUACCUGCGCGGCGUACGGCGGCUCAUGCUCAGGCACCUCUGGUUCCGCGUGCAGCUGAGCAAACCGCGGCGGCGCAUGACGGAGCGGGACAAGAUGGACGAGGAGGAGGACAACAAUGCUUUCUUUACCACAGCGGUCUACGACCUGUUCGCAACGCUGAGGAAGUGGGGACGCUUGCCACAGCAGCCGCUGGAGCUGGAACUUGGGGCCGAGAGCCCCGGCGACCCCAAGUGGUCCUUUGGUGACCAAGGCAUCAUGACCAACAACGACUACUCGGUCGGUGAGCUUGACUUUUGCUUCGUCGACGGCUUCAAAAAGUUCUCGUACCCUUCACCGCUGCCCGAGGUUGGCGUCGUCACAACCUUUUCCAUCCUUCGCCGCACACGCCGGUACUUCGCGCCGCAGGCCCUCCUGACCAUUUUCGACAGUCUGCCUAACGUUUGCGAGAUCCGAUAUGAGCCGUGGUAUUUUCUGAAUGCGGACUCUCAGUGCGACGUGGACGAGGCCUUUGGCCGCUACAUCAGACACUGGCCGCCGACUGUCAAGCGCAUCAGCAUCUACGAACAUUGUAGGGAGUUUAGGCGGCAUUUUCCCAACCAGUUCAUCGAGUUUGACGACGCCUGGAUGGACGAGAAUGGCGCCUUGUUUGGUGACUUGGAUGGAGAUGGAAAUCUACAUGAUCUUGAUCAGGAUCAUGACCUAAUGCACAACCUCCACCAUCACCACCACCACGUACAUCAUCACCACCAUCAUCACGAUCACCACCACCAUCACCAUGUACAUCACGGGGAUGACCAGAACUGGCACGGACCAGAUAAUGAGAGCAUAGCCGAUGAGGACGGCUGGGAAACAGCGAACGAGGAUGAUGACGGUUUUGACGACGACGACGACUUUGGGAAUAAUCAUGACUCUCACGAUGGCACCGGAGACAGCAACCAAAACGCCAGCAACGGCUGGAACUUGCCUUCGGCGCCCGAUCUCGUGCAGGCAUUCGCCAACGCUCUUUCGAAUCUCCCACUACCCGGUUCGGCGACCAACGAUCCAUCGCAACCGGUUGGAGCCCAAGGAGGGAACGGGGCGUUUGGAGACCCCGGUGGCGGGGAUGAGUUUGGCGGAGGUGACCCUGGCGAUUACCCAGAGUUAGCCCCUCUCGGUCUGGGAUUGCUAUUUAUCCGCCCCAGUCAGAAGCUUCAGGAGUUGGCCGUGUCAGGCCUGAUAGAUGCUCGGGACUUCUUCGAGCCCUUCUACGCCCGACCCGAAUCUGGUACGAGUGACGCACUGCCAUCAUGGGACGAGCUGCGCUGGCUGACACUGACGUCGCCGGCGCUCCUCAACCCGAGCCCAUGCGAGGGCGGCAGUGACCAUGUCAACGAGCUGCUGCAGGCGGCCGGCAGAGCCGCGAUGCGAAUGCCGAAACUUCAGGUCAUGGAGCUAUAUAGCACAGACGGACGCGGCGGUGCUGUGUUCCGCUACCAGGCCACGGAGACUAGGACGGCCAUCUCGUGGUCUAGUGCUUGGUCAAGCAGCUGGCGGCCGCCGAAUGCCAACGACAACGGGCCGGCAACAGUGGGAAACACUUUCGAUGCUAACAACGGCGGCAAUAUCAACCUUGGCAGCAUGUUGGAAGACGCAGACGGGGACGUAGAUAUGGGCGUCGUAGGAGAGACGGUCGACGUGGAUGAUGACGAACAUCCAAGGCACUUUCGAGUAAGUCCUCGGGUUGUUGAGACGUGGCAGCGUGUAGCGCGGCGGCUCACGCGACACGACUUGGAUCCUGUGUUCGAGGCCGUGUCGACGUGGCCUGGCGACCCCUUUGACUUUUUGCACGAAAACCUGGUCACGAGGGAGCUGGUGCUGCAUGAGGCCAGCUCUAUGGAUAUAUUGCAGACUUUUGAGCUGCCCGGGGAGGCCUUGAAACUGCCUCGAGUAGGGCGGCCAUGAUCUGCUUGGUGACGAUGAGGAUUCCAAGUGCCCGUUCGGCUUUGUUGUGUCUUGUGUGGCCUCAUUUUGGCUGCGACAGUUGUAGUAUUUCACCAAAUUAAUGAAGUGGCCUGGCUGGACUUCAGGUCCCUCUGUUCUAGAUUCGCAAAUUCACAUUGUCCCUAGCUAAAGAGGAGGACACUGGUCUAGAACAGCCCAGAUUCUUAGCUGGCUCUACGCACCCAGAGGAUAGCGCUCAACAAAGCCUGCAGAGACGGUUCGCGUUUACACCCCCGGCACCCAAACUACAUAUGCGCUGGAAAGUCGAAAGAGCAGCUCCAAGGUUUGUGUUUGGCACUUGAUUGCCAUACCAUUCAUUCUGUACUGGGCAAGUUCAAGUAGGAAGUGGACUUUGGCCGUGCCACAGGCGCUGACUUCGUCAAGGCCAUAAAUGCCGGCCCGGUUGCAGCUUGGACAUCAGAAGGGUGUCAACGCCGACUCAAAUCAUUGAGAUUGCCAUUGUCAUCAUCGUCAGCAUCAUCGGCGUCAGCAUCAUCGGCGUCAUUCUCAACCAGGCCCCUAAAAGCAUUACCGCGCGACCAGGUCAUGACCUCUGGUCAAAUUUCAAUGUGCUGACUGCCAGACCUAAGCGCUAAACCUCCCGGAUCUUGGGGUUGCCACAAUAGUUCCCGGGGUAAUGAAGGAUGGGACAGGCCCAUGGGCGGCGCGCUUACUGGAACAGUUCCGCGGUGAAGCUUUGUGCAACGGUUGCAGAAGUGCACAACAAAAGAAUCCAACCACAGUUGAAACCAAAGGCGAUGGGAUCUACAGCAGCAAAGCUAAGGAAUGUGGCGACUUCUGUAGGAUUAUAGGGACUCCGUGAGUGGUCUUGGGCUUGUCAUUAUUGUGGAGGGAGGGUAGAAAACGACGGCGGUUAGAAAGAAAAUAAAAAAUAAAAAGUAGAAAAGGGUGGGGAUAUAGAGGGGAGUGAAAACCUUGACAAAAUAAAUAAAUUUCAAGUUUCAAUGCAGAUACAAGUACCCAACAGCACGGGCUGUGCUUUAC